CGAUUUGAACGAGAAGACGGCCGAGACCAAGUGAGAGCAAGUGCUUGCUUCUAUCCUAUCUACCCAGCUCAUCGAAGCACAAGUCUAUCCAGGGUGGCAGGAGCGCUCAUUGGCACACAACCCUCAUCAAGUGUAUGCCUGUCAAUAAACCCCCGCGGCUCAAUCUAGCCCGCCUCAAAGUCCGUCCGCCAAAGGAAAAGAAUGCAGGGCCCUGUGCCGCAGAGAUGGCAGCGAUGCUAGGGUGUUGGGCAAGUCAUGGGGAUAACCCCAAUGCAGCAGAGUGUGCUGCCUUUGCGACGAAUUUGAAGCGGUGUAUGGCGACUGGCAAGCAGUAUGUCAAAAAGGACAAUACCAUCAACUACCACUUGGCGCGGCUUGGCAAGCUCCUCUAAUCAAUCGUGUAUUGAAGCAUGAUGGGCAAGGCCCUCGACAGCAUAAGACAGCGAGCGUUAUGAUUCACAUUUGCAUUUCUACGGCCUCUCCACGACUACUUUUGAUCAAUCUUGAGACUGAAAUCAACGUGCUGGACGGAUUGAUGCACCGAGCUGGUUGAGUAGACAUCGAUUGCAUUGCACAGGAAGCUAGAGACAUUCUCUUCAGUCAAACCACCAGAGCACUCGAGUAGGAAACUCGCUUUGCCUUGCCACUG